UCAGUGCUCGAAACCCUAAUGCUGCCAUAUUCCGCCGGGCCCAGAUCGCCCUGAUACGGACAUUUCUCGCUUAACACUGUUUCCUCUCAUAUGGGAAGGGAAGCCUUUACGCCAUCAGCCGAAGGCCCGAAUGUCAUAAGAAUUUUGGAAGGAAAGCGAUUAAUACCCUUUCCCUUGCACCUUAACAUUUCUAUCAGCCCAUCCCUUUUCACUCACAUUCUCUAUCUCCUCUGUACAAUUUACACAAUUACUUCCGCCGUGCACCCUUCAUGUCAUCGUCAAGACGCAGAGCGCCGCUCAGCAUUGACUUCAUAAUAGUUGGAGCUGGUGUUGCCGGCCUGGCCAGCGCGUUUAGAUUAUCCCAGGCAGGACAUCGUGUUCGUGUUUUAGACAAAGCUCCAGGGCCAAACCGGCGUGCUGGUGGUACACAUCUCCCACCCAAUGCUACCAAAGUUUUGAUAGAUUGGGGAUUCAAGAACGAGCUACUGAAACACGGACUUAGCACACGUGCUAGCACGUUCAUUUCAAUCGACACUGGUAAAGUCAUUGGAUGCCUCGAAUGGAAGGAAGAUGUUCUUCAGGAGACAGGAGCGGACUAUAUGGUCAUACGUUAUAGUGACCUCUAUGACAUGCUAUAUCGUGCAGCGGUCAACGCAGGUGCCCGAAUAACAUGGAAUUCAACAGUCACCAAAGUACACGCAAAUCCGGCCCGGGUCGAGCUUCGAGAUGGCACCGUCCUCAAAGCAGACAUGGUUAUUGGGGCUGAUGGUCCACGAAGUACAGUCCGCGAAUCGAUCGUAGGGUGGUCAAGCGAAGAGGUGCCAGAAGGGCACAGUGCUUACGUUGCAAUUAUACCCCGGGAUGUCCUUCAAAAUGACCCCGAGCUCAGUGACCUGACGCGAUUUCAUGAAAAUAGACCUGACUACCCGAUAUGGACUGGAGACUCUAGACAUGUCAUAGCCUUUACGGUGGCAGGAGGGGCUGAAUUUGCAAUACAUGCAUUCUUGCCUGACAGCGAAGUUGAUGGGAUUGGUGAUCAAGAUGGCUGGGAUGUGAUCGUUCCUCGGGAAAAGCUCCCUUUUCAUUUUGAACCGAAACUGCAGCGCUUGUUAGAUAUACCUGCGACUUAUCAGAGGGUACGACUUUUCCAAAGAGAAUGCGCCGAAGAAUGGAUAGAUGAAUCGGGAAGGCUGCUCCUCAUAGGAGAAGCUGCACAUCCGUUAUAUCCUUGCGUUCUACAAAGUUGCAGUAUGCAAAUAGAGGACGCCGAAGUACUCGGCACCCUCUUCUCUCGAUUACGAGCCUGGGAUCAAUUAUCUCAUUUGGCUGAAGCGUUCCAGGAGCUGCGCGAACCACGUACACGCGCCAUAUAUUUAAAGGAGACGAAGGCUUUCGGUACGGUAUGGGUGGGCCCUGGGCCAGAACGGGAUGCGCGAGAUCAGGCACUUUAUAGCAUGAUGAUGGAAGGGCACAAGGGCUGGGACGAGACCAAAAUGCGCUGGCAGUGGGAUGAGAUUUGCGAGGUCUUCGGCUAUAAUGCGCGGGACGCAGCUGAAGACUGGUGGGUCAUGUGGGGUAUGCUGAGGGAAAGAAGCAUAACAAGGGAAGGAUUCUGUCCUUCCAGUUAUACUGUGCCCUUCUGUAUGGGUUCAACCGUCACGCAUUACGCAGAACCAGUAACUUUGCGUAACUGACAUCCUUUCUAGUUGCCACUUAUAGACAUCUUGUGUAGAAGAAAUGGAGAAAAAUUAUACCCACCCGCAGCUACGUACCAUUAUACGCAGUAUACCCCACAUUUCCUCGACGACCUCGAGCUAAACAUAACUUAUUCUAUUCUUUGCGAGGGGUCCAUCAGCGUUCUCGACUUCCGCACCCAACCAACGUGUACAUCGUGGGAUCUACCAUUGAGUCCAAAGUCCGAAUAGGAGGACUACGUC